CUUCGCCCGGGCGCUCGCCUGCUAGCUCGCUCGCUGCAGCCGCCGCGGCCGGGCGCAGCCGCGCUGCCGCUCCGCUCUCUGUGCCCGCAACCUUUCCGCCGCCUCCUCCCCCGGCCCCGGUGCCAGGGGCCUGGGGGGAAAUCGCCCAGGAGCCCCCUCGCCCUAAGCUGGGCGUUCGGGCGAGGAGAGCGGAUCGCGGGACGAGGAGGACGAGGAGGAAGGGAGCCGAGCCCAGGAGCAGCCAGGCCCAAAGCAUAGGAUGGGGCCUUCCUUACAAGGGCCAGUGGCAGCCAGAGGCAACACAGUACCCCCAACCUGGGGCCAGGACACUAGGUGCUACCUGUACCAUCUCCCCCUUCUGUUUUCCAGCUGAGUGAGGUGGGAGUCUCUUAGGCCAUGGCAGGUGCCUCAGUGAAGGUUGCUGUGAGGGUACGACCCUUUAACGCCCGAGAGAGCAGCCAUGAUGCCAAGUGUGUGGUCAGCAUGCAGGGCAACACCACCUCCAUCACCAACCCCAAGCAGAGCAAGGAUGCCCCCAAAAGCUUCACCUUCGACUACUCCUACUGGUCUCACACCUCGGCAGAGGACCCUCAGUUUGCAUCUCAGCUUCAAGUGUAUCAGGAUAUCGGAGAAGAGAUGCUGCUUCAUGCCUUUGAGGGCUAUAAUGUCUGCAUCUUUGCCUAUGGGCAGACAGGUGCUGGAAAAUCCUAUACCAUGAUGGGGCGGCAGGAGCCUGGGCAGCAAGGCAUUGUGCCCCAGCUCUGUGAAGACCUCUUCUCCCGGGUUAGUAAGAACCAGAAUGUUCAGUUGUCCUACUCUGUGGAGGUGAGCUACAUGGAGAUCUAUUGUGAGCGUGUACGGGACCUUCUGAACCCCAAGAGCAGGGGGGGACUGCGGGUGCGAGAGCACCCCAUCUUGGGUCCCUAUGUUCAGGACCUGUCCAAGCUGGCAGUUACCUCCUAUGCUGACAUCGCUGACCUAAUGGACUGUGGCAACAAGGCCCGGACAGUGGCUGCCACCAACAUGAAUGAGACCAGUAGCCGUUCCCAUGCUGUCUUCACCAUUGUUUUUACCCAGCGUUGUCAUGACCAGUUCUCAGGACUGGAUACAGAGAAGGUCAGUAAAAUUAGUUUGGUGGAUCUGGCUGGGAGUGAGCGAGCUGAUUCUUCAGGGGCCCGAGGCAUGCGGCUGAAGGAAGGUGCCAACAUAAAUAAGUCCCUGACCACAUUAGGAAAAGUGAUCUCAGCUCUAGCAGAGAUGCAAUCAAAGAAGCGGAAAUCAGAUUUCAUCCCUUAUCGGGACUCUGUGCUUACUUGGCUGCUGAAGGAGAAUUUGGGAGGAAAUUCACGCACAGCAAUGAUUGCAGCUUUAAGCCCUGCAGAUAUCAACUAUGAAGAGACACUCAGCACCCUCAGAUAUGCAGACCGCACCAAGCAGAUCCGCUGUAAUGCAGUUAUCAAUGAGGACCCCAAUGCACGGUUGAUCAGAGAGCUACAGGAGGAGGUAGCCCGGCUCCGAGACCUGCUGCUGGCCCAGGGACUCUCCGCCUCUGCUCUGGGAGUUGCAAAACUGGAGGAGGGAAGCUGUGGGACUGGCUUGCCUGCUCUGUCAUCCCCACCUGCCCCAGACUCACCUUUGAGUCCCCCCGUUCACAAUGGGGAGCUGGAGUCAUCAUUCUCUUCCAAUACUGAGCCCCAUAUUGGACCUGAGGAAGCUAUGGAGAGACUACAGGAGACAGAAAAGAUCAUUGCAGAGCUGAAUGAAACGUGGGAGGAGAAGCUACGUAAGACAGAAGCCCUGAGAAUGGAGAGAGAAGCAUUGCUGGCAGAGAUGGGUGUAGCUGUACGAGAGGAUGGGGGGACUGUUGGCGUCUUUUCCCCCAAGAAGACCCCUCAUCUAGUGAACCUAAAUGAAGAUCCCCUGAUGUCAGAGUGUCUGCUCUAUCAUAUUAAAGAUGGUAUCACCAGAGUAGGCCAAGUAGAUGUGGACAUCAAACUGACUGGGCAGUUCAUCUUAGAGAAGCACUGUGUGUUUCGGAGUCUCACUCAGCCUGAUGGAGAAGUUGUGGUGACUCUGGAGCCCUGUGAGGGAGCUGAGACAUAUGUAAAUGGGAACCCUGUGACCCAGCCACUGGUGCUAAGAUCAGGGAACCGUAUUGUCCUGGGCAAGAACCAUGUCUUCCGCUUCAAUCACCCUGAGCAGGCUCGACUAGAACGAGAGCGAGGGGUUCCUCCACCCCCAGGACCACCCGCUGAACCUGUGGAUUGGAACUUUGCCCAGAAAGAGCUCCUAGAGCAGCAGGGCAUUGAUAUCAAGCUGGAAAUGGAAAAGAGACUACAGGACCUAGAGAAUCAGUACCGGAAGGAGAAAGAAGAGGCCGAUCUUCUGUUAGAGCAGCAUCGAUUGUAUGCAGACUCAGACAGCGGAGAUGACUCAGACAAACGCUCUUGUGAGGAGAGCUGGCGGCUGAUCUCGUCACUGCGUGAGCAGCUUCCACCCACCACAGUUCAGUCCAUCGUCAAGCGCUGUGGCUUGCCAAGCAGUGGUAAGCGCAGGGCCCCACGGCGAGUCUAUCAGAUUCCCCAGAGGCGACGGCUGCAGGGCAAGGACCCCCGCUGGGCCACGAUGGCAGACUUGAAGAUGCAGGCAGUGAAGGAAAUCUGUUACGAGGUGGCACUGGCUGACUUCCGGCAUGGGAGGGCAGAGAUUGAGGCACUGGCUGCCCUCAAGAUGAAGGAGCUGUGCCGUACCUAUGGCAAACCUGAAGGGCCUGGGGAUGCCUGGCGGGCUGUGGCAAGAGAUGUUUGGGAUACAGUAGGGGAAGAAGAGGGAAGUGGAGGAGGAGGGUCUAUUGAGGAUGGAGCCAGAGGAGCUGAGGUGGAGGAUCUCCGAGCACACAUUGACAAGCUGACUGGAAUUCUACAAGAGGUGAAGUUGCAAAACAGCACCAAGGACCGUGAACUUCGAGCACUGAGGGAUCGAAUGCUGAGGAUGGAAAGAGUCAUCCCCCUCACACAGGAUAAUGAGGAUGAAGAGGAUGUUGAAGUGACCUGGGCGGCCUCAGAAGGGAUAGAAGGUCCAGAAGAGGCAACCCCUAGGGCUGUUACCCCCACUAUCCAGUCCCCCUCCCCUCCCCCCUCAAGCUGGGAGCGAGUGUCCAGGUUGAUGGAAGAAGACCCCGCUUUCCGCCGUGGCCGUCUUAGGUGGCUCAAGCAGGAGCAGCAGCGCCUGCAGGGGCUACAAGGUCUUGCUGGAGGCCGGGGUGGGGGGCUUCGAAGGCCUCCUGCCCGAUUUGUUCCACCACAUGAUUCCAAGUUGCGAUUUCCCUUCAAGAGCAACCCCCAGCACCGGGAGUCAUGGCCUGGGGUCGGGGAAGGUGGGGAGGCUUUGGCCAUACCCCAACCCCCUGAGGAGGGUACUCUUGUAUCAGCCCCCACUUCUAGAAGGCCCCCUAGUCCUCGACGGCCCCACAGGCCCCGAAGGAACUCCCUGGAUGGAGGGGGCCGCCCCAAGGGUGGAGGUCCUAGCCAACCUGAACCCCAACAAUUUCAACCCAAGAAGCACAAUUAUUAUCCCCAGCAGCUUCAGCCUUACCCAGCUCAGCGGCCCUCUGGUCCCCGAUAUCCUCCUUACACCACACCUCCUCGAAUGAGACGACAGCGUUCAGCCCCUGACCUCAAGGAAAAAGGGGCAGCUGUGUGAGGCUAGGGCCCAGUUGGGGCCCCUUACUGAGAGGAGAGAUGUGGGCUGCUGCUCCCCCACUCGUAGGAUUAUUGGCACAGGCAGGGGCAGAGGCAAGAGGGGCAGAGUAGGUGAUGGGGGACUUGAGCAGGUUGGUCUAGGAGCUGGAGGAAGUAGUAGGACGAACAGUGCUGUGUUGCCAGGAAUAAACCAAAGGGAAGGGAAGGGAAGGGGGCUAGGCUGCCUUGAGGCUGUGCCUCCCAGAGGGGGUACCUCUCCCUAAAUGCUGCUAAGAGUGGGGUGCUGUGUAGCCAGUUUUGUGUGUUUGGGUUUUGUUUUUUGUUUUCAAGUGGGGCAGGUAUGAUGACACUAAGAGGGCAUUAUGAAAUUCCCUCCCCAAACCAGUGUCUGCUGGGUUUCUGUGUUAACGGGAUGGGGCUGUCCUAAGAGUUCCCCUCCCCCACCAGGCCUUCCGCUAUAUCUUCAGGGGCAUGCCAGGUUUGGUUGAGGUCCCACAGCAUGGUGGGACCCUUUAUUAAAAGGAAGCAAACAGGGAGGUCUGUGGCUCGUUAUUGGUGGUGUGAUGGUGUAUAUGGGGGGCACAAGGCAAGAGGUGUGUAACAGAUUGAGGAAGAAACUGGGAGGAAUAGAAGACCAGGAGAAUCAACAAGGCUCUGCCCAAGUUUGUCUUGGGUGUGUGAAUGUGUUGUCUGGCCUCCGUUGCCCAGGCUGAAUACACCUGGUGUUGCUUUGCCUUUUUUGGGGGGGGGGAGUGCUACAGGAAUACCCCUUUAAUGAGGGAGACCUGCUCCCUGCUUAUUUGUUCUAGGGAAAUUUCAGGGCUUCUAUGGAGAGUGUUUUACUCCUCACUCUGACACUGCUUUGGCCAUGUCUUUCCUUUUUUCAUAAAGAGUAUAGCCCAGAGAUUCUCAAAAUUAUUUUACUUACAGCAUAGUAUUUGCCAUGAGGGUUCACAACACACUGAACAUUUAAAUUGGCAACAAAGGAUUCCCAGACAGUGGGGCCUCCAGACCCUGUUAGCUGGGCUUUGGGAUUCUUCCACUUCUCCUUCCCCUUCCUUCCCACAUACUUCACUUUCUUUACCUCUUUAGGACUUAGAGGAGGAGGUGACUGUACCUCUUUGGAUAGAACUAUUAUUGUGAAUUUCCUGAUCCUAAGCCGAGAAUAGAGCCAGUGUCCUACAAUGGGGAUGGGAACAGGGCAUCUCGUGACACACUCCACACACAUACUACUGCACAUCUUUUGAGAACUCGGGUGCUUCUGUGUUAGCACUUCACAUCUAAACACCCUGCCUUACCAAAGUCUUAUCAAGUGUCACUAUUGAUUGGCCCUUGGGCUGAAAAAAGAAAAGGGGUUGAAUGGAAGAGUAAGGGAAUUUAAGAUGUGCCUUACUGGCUCCUAUCAGCAUCCUGGCCAGUCUAGCAUUUUGUAUCUGACAUGCUACUUGUGGGAAAGCAGUUUUCCACAAAAAGGAAUAUCUGUAUUUAACCUAUCGGUGGUUUAUUAUCUCUACACUUGUGUUAACCUUUCUUGGUUAUUAUAAUUAUGUUUUCAGCCUUUGCUAUCAUCGAGGGAGUGAGUGCCCUAGGUUUUGCACCAACCAGUGCCAUAACUAGACCAGGGCAACUUAAGUUUUAUCCCGGGGUGCUAAAUUUAGAAGGACUUGAUAGCAUUUGGCCUUCAAUAGCAUAGAAACAACAGAGUUUAGCCUUACCUAAGGGCAGUCUGGGGUGAUUUUUUCCAAUGUCCCUUCUCCCCACCCCAAGCAACUCAACUGAAAUUUUACCAUAUGUAGUUUCCCUGGUGUAGUUUGUGGUGAUUUUCUUAGGUGCAAACAUUUCUAGUUAUUACUCUGUUACUUUUGUUUGCUCCUAAGUUAUUUUCAGACUUCUGGGGGUUAGAAAAUUGAUACUUGUUUUAGGAUUCAGUGGUUUGAUGAACAAACCCAUUUCUAUCCUAGUCACCUUUCACAGGCUUAGAGAUAGAUAGUCUGCUUUCUGUCUUCAGCUUUUCAGUGAGAGCCUAAUUUUUUCAGUCCUUCCUCAUGUAAACUUUUGCAACUCAGUGUUUCAGCUGCCCCCUAGACCUUUUCCAACUUCACCCUGUCUGCUUUGAAUGAUGACAAGACCUACAUAGAUUUCUAGGUGCCAAUCAAUAAUUUGUAUCAAAGUAGGAAACUUUCUAUUUUGCUUGAUGACUGAUUUCUUGUUUGACAGCCACUUGCAGAGAUAAUUUUGCCUAUUGUUUCAGAGUGAAAUACCUUCCCAGAUCUAGGUUGUAACUGAUAGUCCAUUAAUUCAUUCACUGGGAUUGAAUUCACUGGCACACUUACUCUGUGCCUAGUAUGGUACAAGACACUACAGAGGAUAAGAAAAGAAACCAUUUUUACCACGAGGAGCAUGUACUCCAGUUAGGGAUACCAACUGUACAUAUAACCAAGAACAUUCAAGUCUCUAUGGUAAAGUUGGCAAGAAUUCUCCCAGCAGUCUUGUGAAGUAGGUGGAACAAGCAUCCUUCUUUUUAUAGAUGGGGAGACUGGAUCAGAAAGGGUGUGGUGUCACGAUUAUCAUUUGAACCAACAUACUUCAGUAUAAUAUAUGCAUGAGAAAAUUGCAAGGAACAUACCAAAUGCACCCAGAACUCAACAAGAAAGUGCUUAACCGUGGUGAGGUUAUGAAGUCAUUUCUGUAUUUGACUACCCACACACUUUAUUAAAGAGCACAAACUUGUACUGAAAUAGCCAUUUCUAAAUAUUCCCUCUCUCCAACCCACUAUUGCAAAAAAAGUAAAACAUCACAGUAUAAAUAAUCUGUACCCUAUAGUUUUCCACCCUCCAACAAUAGGGGAAGGUACCAAUACAUUCUUUUAAGAUGUCAGUGUUGUUUUUUUUUGGGGGGGGCAGGAUUGAUGGGUCCUGCCUUGGAAAUAAAAUUACUCCAAUGUGCUCAAGGACAAAGAGAAAAGGGAAGGAGGUAGAGGUCUGGAACUCUUUGUACAUUUGCACUUGAGAUUUAGGUGUUUCUUAUCCUGGGGAAAAUUGAGGUGCCCAGUAAUUGUUGAUGGGAGCCAGGGCUACUGACAACCUUAUGGGCAAGCAGCCACUAACUCUGUGAUUGUAGCAGCCACAAACUGCCUCGGCCUGAGACUGCUGGUGAUUAGGAUGAAAAGAACAGAACCAGCUUUCCCCAUAUUUACGGCACCCAAAACCCCAAACUGCAGGGAUCUGUGUGGCAAAGGCAAGUCUGGGGUGGGGAAAAUGGAGGAGAGGGGAAGACCACUCACACCAAGCUCCCCAUGAAGAUUCCCUUCCUCUUUUCUAUGAUCUACGGUAGUGAAUGGCUCAGAUUUGUUUCUCUAGCAUCCCCAAAAGAUCUGGGAAGAUAAGCAGAUGUUUUGGGAGAUUAUGGGUGGAGGAGGGUGCUACAUAGUAGUGUUUAAUAUUUUCCUUUCAUUUUAAUUAUGUCCAAUAAACUGUUGCCAAAGUACA